UUACCAAAGGCAUUUAAACAUGUCUUUACAUCUCCAUCCUCUGCCAAAGAAAUUGACAGUGAUGGCAAUGGUGCUGAUGUCAUUGCGGCAUCUCAACGUCGUCGGUCCUCAGAGAAUGAUGCGGCUAACCAUAGUCAUGUGGCUAAUAUAAUAGGCAUGAAAACGGUGACUCCACGCGCCAUCACAUAUGCAGCUUGUCAACUUCCAUUUGCUCUUUCCAAUGUGAACUCCUGGCGGAGUGUUGAUGGAGACUUUGACUACUAUGACUUCUACAACAACAUUGUAGACUUUUUUGAGGUUGUACCAGGUGCUGAUGCUCAAGCCCGCAUUACUGAGUUGCUCAAAUGGUGGAAUAGGUAG